AAGAAGAAGAAGAAGAAGAAGAAAAUAAUUCAGAAUUCUGAACUGUUUCUGACAACAUCCUAAGAUGGAGGAAGGCUAUUUGUCUGAACGUGGAGCUCGUGGCCUGUAAACAAAAAGUUAGAUAAGUAUAUUUGUGAUUAAUUUGCUUCGGCUCUUGCCAGAAACACCCCUACAGAGUCUAUAGGGCGAGGACGGGGGCGGGAUAACAGGACAGAAGGCUGUAUUUAAGGCUGUGCGCUGACGCCUUCUUCUGUAACGUUAGUGUAGUUAGCUAGUAAGGUAACGUAAGAUAACGCUAUCUUUUGAUUAUUAGCCAUUUAAUUUGAAAAUGGCCACAGACGAACUUUCGUCCAAGCUCAGUCGUCGGCUCCAGAUCGAAGAAGGAGCGGAGGAUCCUGUUGCUGUGGACGUCAGCGGGUACCAGAACGGGUCGGAAGACAAACCGAGUACGGCCAACGCAGACUCUGAGCUCGGCGCUAAGCUGAUUCGGAGAGAAGAGCUGAACGAGGGGCAGGGUGAGCACUGCCAGCCUAGCAUGAAGGUCUUCAACCCAUACACCGAGUUCAAAGAGUUCUCCCGAAACCAGAUCAAAGACAUGGAAAGGAUGUUCAAAACGUAUGAUGCUGGGAAAGACAACUACAUUGACCUGAUGGAGCUGAAGCUGAUGAUGGAGAAGCUCGGAGCUCCACAGACCCACAUCGGCUUGAAGAACAUGAUCAAAGAGGUGGAUGAGGACCUGGACAACAAGCUUAGCUUCAGAGAGUUCCUGCUCAUCUUCAAAAAGGCAGCAGCAGGAGAGCUGGCAGAGGACAGCGGCCUCAGUGUCCUCGCUCGCCUCUCUGAAAUCGACGUUUCCACAGAGGGGGUCAAGGGAGCCAAGACUUUCUUUGAAGCCAAAGUCCAGGCCAUCAAUGAGUCCAACCGUUUUGAGGCGGAAAUCCGCCAGGAGCAGGAGGUCAAGAAGAAGCAGGCCGAGGACCAGAAACAGAGACGCGCUGCUUUCAAAGAACUGCAGUCAGCCUUCAAGUGACCGCCUCCAUCUCCUCUCAGGACCUGUCGCUUUCUGUGCUGCACUAAUGCUGUCAGUUUGUCAAUGUGUGUGUUUGAAUGCUCCAUGUAUGUCAGUGGUAGUCCCGAGUCAAACACAGGCUCAAGGUGCCCGACAUGCUGGUCACUAUUCCAAGAUAUAUUUUGUACAUUAUAGUAAAUUGGCACUCCUUAUUAGGGCUGGGUUUAAAAGAUUUUCCAAUUCAGCGUGAGAAAAUUCACGAGAUUGAUCUUUUAAGAGGCUCCGUUUUAAAAGUAGACUGAAAACAUUGGUAUCAAAUGAAACUAGACAAUCUAAGGAAUCCUCCAAAGUUAGGUGAGAUUUUGGCAAGGACAAAAAACUGGUAUUUUUUUUUCUUUUUAGUUCUGUAGCUCAGUAACACUCUCAAACAUCAAAAAUACAAGUUCAAUACAGGUUUAGUGGAACUAUAGCAGGAUUACCAAUAGAGCAGUCUAUGCUGAGCUAAAUUAAUGAAUGAUUCUUACAAUAUUUGUCAUCCACCACGGUGUCUCUGACAGCUGCUUUUUACCCAAAUCAACUCUGUGGCUCUCUGGAUCACCACAGUGGGGGUUCAGCUCCAGCAAAAAAAAAUGGUAGAAAUGAUUGUCAGUGUCAUAACUUUCCAGAGUAGUGAAAUCCUGCCUCAUAGUAAUAUUAAGUAAUAUAAAUUUCUAUGCAGUGUUUUGGUGUCAAACUCAUGGAUUUGUCACUCUAGUCGGCCUACAUAAAUGUCUAACCUGUACCUGACACAAAAUGCGCACAGCCAUUUGCUGUGUGUUGUGUCUUUUCUAUAAACUGUGGCCAAAAUAAUCAAAUUAAGACUAGUGAUAAAUGCACUUUUUCCACUGUCUUGGCUACUCUGUAUGUCAGCUUGUCUAAGAUAUAUUUGACCACUCAUUCUAGAACUCAUUAAAUCCACCGUGACACAAGUUAGUGUUUAAUGAUGAACAAAUAGCUGAGCUCUUUGUUUUUAUUGUCGGCUCUGUAUUUUUCUACAAUGGGUUUGGGUGGGUAUUGACUAGAUUUUGGUAUGUGGUUUGGGAUGGUUGUGGUGGUGGUUAUUCUUCAGCACCAUGUUUUGUAUGGGCCCUCUUAAGCACAGCUUUAAAAUAUAUAUUUUUUAAAUGUGGGUCUUCUUUUUCUAGUUUUAGCCAUUGUUCCUAUCCUAUCGGCUCUUUUACCAUUUUAUUACUAUUAUAUUAUUAAAUCCAUGUUUAUUUCAUUGUUUCACCACUAGCUGCUUUUUCAAAAACUCAAGUACAAACGAAUGAACAAGUACAAAUACCCACAAGUCACAAACACAUAUGUUUGAAUUGAUUGUAAUGCAACCAAUAUAUUCUUAUCAUAAACUAGGUUAAAGGGACGUUUCUUUAUUCAUUUCCUUCGUAUGUGUGUAUGUGUCUGUUGACUUCACAUUUGUUGUCAUGGUAAUGUUACUGCAAGGCAGGUGCAUUUUUAAAAGGGAGCAAACAGCCUCACCUUUAUCCACAAUUAUUCCAUCUCUGAUGUUAAAUCCCAAAUGCUUUCUCACAUUACUACUCAGAUGGUUUGGUGUCAUGAUUACUUGUUCACUGUGGCUCGCUAGCUUCCUCCAUUUUUGUAAUAAAGGGAACAACAAAUAGUCUCAGUUACUGACAGGGCAUGCAGUAGGUCAGUAACCAGAGUGCAUUUAAUGAAUGUCUUGCAGUAACAUCACUGAUUUAAAAAAAAGAUUCUUUACACAUUACAGUGUUAAUUAGCGUCGGUUUGAUUGUAACUCUACCUGAAUUAGCUACUUAUUAGCUGUAGAGAUAAAUGGUCUCUUUCACAUAUGCAUUUAUUUCAUGGAUUAUUUCUGAACAAAAGUGGACUAGCAGGGGAACACUGGGCAACUGAAGUAAUGCAAACUUUUACAUCUGUGAUGUAUUACAGUGAAGCACUUUGUAGGUCAUGUAUCUGAAAAAUAUUCUUAUGGAUGAUGUAAUUCAACUAUAUGCCCUUGUCCUGCAUAUAUUUAAAGCAUUCAUCAAACGUGUCAAACACACCUGCCAAAUUUCACACUUUUGUGUGAUCUUCAGGAUCACUUUAAAUAAACUAAAUUUAAUAUCUUUAAUUUCGGUGUCAUGGCACAGUGCAAUUUAAAUUAGUUUUAGGGCAGAUUUGUUAUCAAUGAAUGUUUGCUUUGGAGCCAUUUUGUAGAAACAUUUGGUUAGUACUGUGUAAAACAAUAUGCAAGCUCCCAUAGUGUUGAUAGUGUUAUGGUGCUGUUUGUUGAUGCAUGCCAGCACUUCACAGCACAUUGUGACUGAAAUGUUCUUCAUGAAUGCUUUCCCAUGAAUGUUCAAACUAAUAUUUUAUCACAGUAUGAAAAUACUCCACCAUUUUUAGGAUGCAGGGUUUCUUUGAAAUUUCGUCAAAAUUCAUGGUGUUGAUAGUUGAAUUCACAGUUGGGUUUUGCAACUUCGUUAGUGAGCUAGGAGGAACUUUGGGGAUUUCAGGGUUCAAACAUGUCUUGUGUAAAGGGUGGUCAGUGAGUAGUUGUGAUUUUUGUCAGAUGUAUCAUGUUUUUCCAUGUGAAAUGAAUAACUGUUGUUGCCUGCUGUAACAAAACACUGGUAGCUGUAAUAUUUGGAUUUUUGUGUUGAUUUUUGUGCUACUGAUUUUUUUCCAAAAUUCCCUCAAUAUUCAAAAGAAGCCCCAUUUCUUUUGGAAAAUCAAAAACAAAAACAAAUGAUGAAGUCUCCUUGGUGGUUCUCCAUUGAUUGUGUCCAGGAUUAUGCCAACACUGUAUUAUGUAAUGGAGGGGUAACAGGAAACAAGUUUCAUUUAUUUUAAAAUUUAUUUUAGUCAUUCCAUUAAAUAUGACCUAUAUACUGAUAAAGACUUUCAUGAAUACCUCAACUGAA